AUGAUUAUUGCUCUUGCAAUAAUUUCAUCUAUCUUGCCAUGUGCAGGUAAAAUUUAUUAAGACUCGAACUUCAUCUUUUUUUAUCAACUAUUUCAAGGAAUUGGAGAAGUUCUUUCUGAUUUUGGUCUUGAUCAACACCAUGCCGUCAAUGGUUUCACAGCUGAAGUAGAAAAUGAUUCCAAUUGCAUUUUUACUGAUAGAGGAGGCUAUUUUGAUGGCUCAACUCUUAUAACUCCUCCAGAUAACUCAGUAGUGCAAAAUCCAUUAUCAAUUCCAACAUCCUUCACUUUUGAGUUCUGAAUAAUGAUUAUUUCAGAUGGAAUAAUAUUCUCUCGAUAUGAUAGCUCCAAUAACAUUUUGAUAAAAAUCAGUGUAUUGUCAGGGUCUAUGAGUUUUUGGGCAUAUACAUCUGAUCAAAGUUUCCCAGCUGCUGGAAAUAAUGGGCCAAAUUAUCCUGUUACUUAUAGUAAUUUCUAAAUAGAUGAAUGGCAUUUUAUUGUGGCAACAGUGAAUUUUGAUGGGUCUACUGCAGUUGAAACACUUUAUAUAGAAAAUAAUAAUAAUUCAGCAUCGUUUCCAGGAAGUUAUACUAUUGACGGACUUGCUUAUGGCACAAAUAUAGGCUGCGAUCCAACAUGUGGUGCAGGAUUUACUGGAUACAUUUAUGGCGAUGAACGAUAAUAGAUCGCUCUGAACUAGAAAUAUUCUGAAACUUCAAGGGUUGGUUUUCCAAUUCAAGAUGACAAAGCAGAUGAUAUAAGCUUUUUCAAAUCCCUUAUCUUGAGAGAAUAAUAGUAUUUUUUUCAUUCACGGAGAAAGGCUUUAUUUUAUUAAUAAUUUUAAAUUUUUACUGAUUUUUUUAAAAAAAAAAGUUUGGUAAAAAACUUCUAAAACAAAAUAAUUUAAUUUGUAAAAUUUAUUUUUAAAAAUAUAAGCCUCUCAAAAUUAAAGAAGAUGGCAAGUUAUUUUAUUAUACGAAUUGUUACUUAUAAUUUUUUCAAAGAAAAUUUUUGUAAGUUCACGGAGAGUGUUUUUACUCAAAAAUGGGAAUUUUUUCUAAUUGUUUUGUUCGCUCACUGGGAAAUUUUGAUCUACUUGAGUUAGAGAGCCAACUCAAAAGUAGCCCAGGAUUUUUUUAGUCAGAGUGAACUAUUAUAAUUAUUGAGAUAUAUUAUUUUAUUUUUAAGAACAUGGCAGAAUCCUUAACUGAUUUUCAAAAUUCAUGAUCUAUUUCUUGCUCUGGCUGCACUUAUUGCCGGCCAUCGCAGCCUUGCAUGUCAACUUGUACUAACCCUCGAUACCCUGAUAGCUGCUCUGCUCAAUGUAAUUGUGCGAAUAAUGCGAUAGCUAGUUGCUCAGAUUCAAACAUAAAUUCAUGCCAAAUGUGUGAUUCUUCAUGCUCAAGGACUUGCUCAGGCACAACAUCAAACGAUUGCCAAGAUAUUAAGGCUACCUACUGCCAAGGGAUUCAUCCCUAUUCCCCUAUCCAAAAAACUUGUUUGUGAAAUGUGGUUUGUCCCAAUCACUGCUAUUAUUGUGAGGUUGAUCCUACUUGUAUACAGUGCGAUUUCGGGUAUUUUGUUGAUAAUACAGGAAAUUGCAUCCAAUGCGAUUCAAGCUGUAAUGGUUGUUCAGGAUCAGCGACUCAUUGCUUAAGCUGUUCUACGCCAGGAUAUUCUCCUUCGACGUCAAAUGGAGCUUGCCAAUGUACAACAUCAGAAUAUGAAAUUUCAUCAAGUCCUCUAGUAUGUGGCAGCUGCCAUUCAUCAUGCAGUACCUGUGCUGGCUCUGGAAAUAAUAAUUGCUAUACUUGUGCAGAUUCCGCUAUAAUUCCUGUAUCAACUCCCGGAUCUUGCUCGUGCCCGUCUAAUAAAUACAUAGCUCAAAAAGCUACUCUUCUUUGUAAAGACUGUGAUUCAUCUUGCCUUACAUGUAGUGGUCCAUCUAGCAGUGACUGCUUGACCUGCUCUAAUUCAAUUGUUUUAGCCUCAACGCCAAGCUCUUGCACUUGUAGCUCUGGAGAAUAUAUAUCAAUAAAAAAUCCAAAAACUUGCAGCCCUUGCCAUAGUUCUUGCGCUACAUGUUCUGGAGGAUUUAUAACAGAUUGCUUAAGUUGUGCAAGUUCAGUUGUAAUGAGCUCUAGCCCUGGGCAAUGCAUAUGUGCACAAAAUCAAUAUAAAUCUCAAGACUCUCCAUUAGUGUGCACAGACUGCCACCCAUCCUGCAGUAGCUGUUCAGGACCUUUGUCAACAGAUUGCACAUCAUGUCUGGAUUCUUCAAGAGUUGUAGCUUCUAACCCUGGAUAUUGUGAUUGUGAUGCAUCACAUUAUAUCGUCUCUAAAUCCCCAUUUAUUUGCGGAGAUUGCGGUGGAGAUUGCUAUUCAUGCUUUGGAUCAGCCGAAAAUAAUUGUCUAACUUGCAAAAAUAGUUUAAUUACCCCGAGCGCAGAUGGGUAUUGCAAGUGUAAAGAUAAUGAAUAUAUCGUUUCAAUGACUAAUUUGCAAUGUGGGGCUUGCGAUCUAAGCUGCAGUUCUUGCGUUGGUCCAGGUCCUGACCAGUGUUUAACAUGCAAAGAUUCAAGUGUAACGCUUAAAGUUCAACCUUCUUCAUGUUCAGAAUCCUCAAAUGAAAGCAGCAAUAAAAGUGAAAACGAUUUAAAAGAAUAUGCUAAAGCGAGUGGGUAUCUUGUAUCAGCAGGCCUUAUUGCUUCUGGAUUUCUUAUAUCCGUAAUCGAAGGAAAAACAGGUACAUUAUGAACUUAUGUUAAUAUUGUUCAGCUUUUAGCUUUUAUUCCACUUCAAAAUAUUGAUAUUCCUGAAAACCUUUAUGAAUUUUGAAAAGCUUUUCUUUCCUACACAAUGAUGCCAAGCUUAGGAAAACUCUUUUAUGGGGAAGAUGGAGCUGAUGAUGUAAAACCAUAUUCAAACUGAGUUAAAUAUGGAUACAAAGGAAGCUCAUUUUUAGUCAAUGGAGGUGGAAUGUUUUUAAUUGCUUUGGUAGUAACACUACUAUGAACUAUUGUCUACUCUUUGAAAUGUUAUUCAAACGAAAAAGUACAAAAGAUUAUAAUUCCACUAUUAUCUAAAUUCAAAUACAAUGCUUUUAUUAGGUUAUGGCUCGAAAUUUAUAUUUUGCUGAUGGCAGCAAAUAUAGUUGGAAUAAAUAACUUAUUAUUUUCAAGUCCAAGUGCAUUUAUUGACUCGAUUUUGUCGAUUUUUAUUCUUAUAUUAAGCGUUUUGCUUCAAAUUAUAUUUUUUAUCAUUAUAUACACAAAUAGAUUUAAGGCAUACAGAAAAUCAAAAAAAAUUACAGCGAAAUAUGGAUCGUUAUUUGAAGAAUUUAGAUUUAAUAACCGCUAUAUUGAGCUACUUUAUUACCCAUUUUUUCUGCUCCGGAGGUUUAUCUUAGUUAUAAAUUUAUACAAUUCAUCUAGAAUCCCAUUAUUGCAAUGACUUUUAAAUUUAUUUUAUUCUAUAUUAGCAACAUUAUUUUUGUUCAAAUAUUGCCAUUUCAAAGACAAAGAAAAUCAUUGAAUAAACUUGGCAGGAGAGUUUCUUGUAGCAGUAUCAUUUUUAUUAACUGGCCCAUAUAUAUAUGAUAUUCCAUAUAUUUUAGAUAACGCAAUUCAAAUCACAGUUAUUUGCUUAACAUUUUCAUACUUGUUAGCGAGCUAUUAUUUUUUAAUGGUAAAAAUUUAUGCCACUAUUAAAACUAAACUUGAGAAAAAAAGCAGUGCAGCAGUCAUUCCUGAAGUUGUAAGAAUAAAUGCAUCUGAAUUAACAGUAAUUCCCGAAUCAACAAGAAUAAAUGCGCCUGAAUUUGGCGAUUUUCAAAUAAGAGUGUCACAAAAGGAAUUAUUAGCUUUAAAAAAUACAGCAUAUAAUUCGAAUGACACAAUAUUAAGCCAAAAAGAUGAGCAGAAAGUUAGUGAUUUAGACCAUAUCUAA